CCGAACUGCAUAUGCAAAUGUGUCCGGGCGGACACAAUUGCAUUAUGCACCAGCGUCCGGUGGACACGAUAUCAUUGCAUAUGCUAAACCGUCCGGCGAACAUUAUUGCAUAUGCAUUAAUGUCCUCCUGAUAGUAUUAUAUUGCAUAGAGGACAUUGCAUGCGACACACACCGGCCGAUCGGGGAAAAAACUUGCCGAUGGAGGGCGACAUUUCAGUUCAGUGCGCGUUUCUCAAUGUCCUCCUUAUGUCCAAAUGUUCUGUCGAUGUCAUGGACUCAAGUUGUGUUGUUAAAACUUUUGAGUUUGACUCAGGCGACGUAUACGGUCUCGAGUCAAUCCUUCUGCAGAAUCACAACCUACCCGCCGCUUUCCUGUACGCUUUCCUGCUUGAUUAUUUGGUCCCGACUUGCCAGUGAUGGGAGGUGGUGAUCAUUGUGCUGUUUUUGGCUGUAAGAAUGACCGACGAUAUCCAAAGAGACACGUCAUUAAAGAUCAUGUAAGUUACCUAAGGUUCCACACCUGCAGGGAGAAGUUCUUUCCUCUUUGGACCCGACUUCUAAGACGGCAAGAUUUCACAGUAAAAUCAACAACAGUGGUCUGCAGCAACCAUUUUAAAUAUGGUCAGCCCUAUCCCGAUGAUCUGCACCCGUCUUUAUUCUUGAAGGGAUACAACUCACCUGAGACGCAAAAAAGAGCAACACCAAAGAAGAAACGAGCAUCGGACCUUUCUAGCCCACAGCCACCCAAGAAAUCAAGACGUUUGUCAUACACUUUAUACAAAUCCGUCGGUAUUCAGGUUGGACAUGAAGAUAUUGAUGCAUUAGUCGAUGACAGGCACAGGACGCUGGAGAACGAUCACAGUUACCUUCAUCGCCCUUUCCAUAACAAACCGGUCAGUCAAGCGUAUGUGGCCCACCUGGAAGAUGAACUCGCUCAACUUAACGAAACUUGUGACAAACUCCGGCAAAAUCUACUCGAAGCUAAGAUUGACAUAAAAAGACUUGAAACUGAAGUCAAAUCUACAACCAAACAGCGCUUUACAAUUGGAGACAUUUGUCAUUCGAAUGAACUCAUUAUGUCAGCACCUAUGCCAUGUAAGCACCUAUUGCCCUCUCUUGACGUGAACGGCAACUAAAAAAUGAAUCCGGGGAAAUUCAGUAUGUUUAUUUUAUUGUUUAAACGCUCUUGAUUUAACUGCCCAUGUGGUUAUUGUUGAUUAAAACAGUUAAUUUAAA